AUGAUUGCGUUACAAAACCAUCCUAUCCUACCUCCUGCCAAAGUGGAUAUCUCACUGCUCUUGAAGCCCCAAGAUGAAGAGGAGGCCACCCCCGUGACCACUAUGGCUACUCUCCCACCCCUUUCUGCCAUGCAGGCGCCGAUGCCGCCAGUAGCGCCAGGCGUAAUCGCACACCACAUCGCACCAGGAAUCCCGCAACCAUUACAUUCGGUGCCUCCGCUGACUGCCAAGGCUCCGGUUUCUGUCCCAGCAAAGCGCCUGCAACCGGCCCAUACGGCGGAAUCUCCAGCGAAGAAGCAGUCAAAGUGGUCUCCAGAGGAGGAUGCUUUGAUUAUUGAGCUGCGGGGUAGUGGGAUGAAGUGGGAGGAUAUCAGCAAGCGACUUCCCGGACGAAGUGCGAUCAGCUGCCGCCUCCAUUAUCAGAACUAUCUGGAGCGCAGGAGUGAAUGGGAUGAAGACAAGAAAAACAAGCUUGCGCGGCUUUAUGAGAGGUUCAAGGCGGAAAUGUGGUCCAAAGUGGCGGAGGAAAUGGCAAUUCCCUGGAGGGCUGCAGAGGCUAUGCAUUGGCAACUAGGGGAGCAAGAGAUGGCCCGACGAGCUGGAGUGGUUCCAUUUUCGCUAUCAAGUUCAGCCAUCGACCCACCGGCCCCUAGGGCACGCAGGGCUAGCACAUCGCUAUCCCGACCAAGAAAGGGAUCGGCAUCACGAACAAUCCCCCCUCCGCCUCAACUUCCAUCCGUUGAAGAGCUCACAGCUGGAGUCCCUGCAUUCGCUCCGCCGCCGCCUUUCGCACAUCCACCACCACGAGAUGCGUAUCGGAUAGGACGGCCACUGAGCCUAGGUGCAAGCCCUACUAGACUCCUGGGGCCACCUCACCUCGGUAUUCCGCCUCGAACGCUUCCUUAG